CCAGUUACAGUUUAUCACAGUCGAAACUAUCAUGCUGAAGCUCAGCCUGGUGACCUGGCUAAUUUUUUCCUUGGCGUGGCGCACCACGCCCACUGCCUGUCGCCAAACUCACGACCCCCAGAGCAUCCAGCAGAUGCUAGCCGCCCAACUGCAGAGCUACAUGGACCCGAAAGCGCGUCCCUGCGAGAACUUCUACCAGUACGCCUGUGGCAACUGGCAGAUCCAGCAGCAGGAGCAGCACUCUCCGAGCAAAUGGCAGUGGACCAGGGAUUGGGAGCGUUACCAAGGGCAGCUGCUGCCGAGUGAUACCUUGGGGUUGAUAGACCACUCCGUAAACCGGAAACUAGAGCUCCUGCUGAAGCGCAGAAAUGAGAGCUCCUCCGAACUAGAUUCUACAAUUUUGGAGCAGAUGCGACUCUACUACCGUUCUUGUAAACGCCUCAAACCCUAUAACCUCAAGAAGUAUUUACAGCUUCUGGCGCCCAGCAACCGCACGCAAUGGCCAUCUGUAAGUCGAGGCUGGCGUCGAGAACAAUUCGAUUGGAUAACGACCUUGGGACGACUGCGUCUGCACGGACUGAACGGGGUACUGCUCAGGGAGGAUAUCUUGCCGCGGUGGGACGACUCGAGCACCUACAGCAUCUACGUGAACAAGCCGAGUCAGGACGAGACGCUGCCAAUGGGUCUGGGCGUUAUUAUCGAGCUACUCCUGGACAUCGGGGAGACCAAGCGCACGGCGAACGCCUUGGCUCGUCUGGUGGAUGACUUCGAACGAAAGUUGCACCGCCUGCAGGAGCUGGAGGAUGAAGAAGGUCCUCGGGAAAUGCAAUUGGGGUACCUGGCCACGUACCUGCCCCAACUCCGAUCGGUGACUUUUUUGAGCCAAGUUCUCAUUGAAACCCAGAUGGACCUGCGUUCCACACUAAUCAUCGAGAACAUUCCCUACCUUCGGGCCCUCAGUGAACUGGUGGAUGGCGAAAAUCCGGACAUUGUCUGCAGCUAUAUUAUGCUCAAGUGGUUGACCUUCCUUAAGCAACAGGGUCCUGCGGAGAUAUCGCGGAGUGAGUGCGUGGCCAGUCUUCGAAGGGCUAUGCCUUUGGCCAGUAGCUGGCUAGUUGGUCAACAGUUCUCUGACCCUGACUCUGAGUCCAACGUCCGGUCUUUAUUUCAGCGCCUCAAAGUCCGCUUUGAAUUGGUCCUGGCUGAAAAUCGGCUUCGCCUAUCGCAGCCCCUUGUGCAUAUUCUUCAGCAGAAGCUGCGCGCAGUGCACCUUCAGAUGGGCUUUGUUCAGCCAGAAGAAGUGGAAACUGUUAAGCAUUAUUACGUCCGACUCGACCUUGGUGGCCAUUCCUUCUACGGAAACCAGCUGGUCCUGCUACGCCAACGCGUGGAAGCGAACCACAAUUUGCUCUUCAUGAACUCGACGAAUUUUGCGAAGAGCAACGUCAGCUACCUGGCAGAAAGUUGGGAGGCCAGCAAUUCAUCACCCCUGUACGUAAGGCCUCGCAACCUGGUGGUAGUGCCCCACGGUCUGCUCCAGCUGCCCGUGUGGCAUCGUAACAUCAGCGCUCUCCAUCAGCACGCUGUGAUGGGAUUCGCCUUGGCCCAUGAACUGGCUCAUGGCUUCGACAUGUCGGGAAUGGAUUAUGACGCUCUGGGAAACAUUAUGGGGCCCGUGGAGGAGAUCCUUGCUAGUAGACAAUUCCGACAGGGACUCCACUGCCUGCAGCAACAGAUGGUCACCGGCUCAAAGUGGCUCAACGAAAAGCUGGCCGAUUUCGUGGCACUCCGGCUUACAUAUGAGACCUUCUUCGGAGUGCGGGCUGACAAACGUGAACCACGUGAUCCGUUGACGCCACAAUUUAGCCAGCGCCAGCUGUUCUUCAUCAGCUUCGCCCAGUUCUUCUGCGGCCACACACCCGACCUAAGCCUGCGGUCACAGUCGCAAGCACAUUUGGAGCACGCCGCUGACGAGUUGCGUGUAAUGCAGACGCUGGCCAACUUUGAGGAGUUCUCAAGGGAGUUUGGGUGCGAAAAAAAAGCCAAAAUGCAGCCCAGUCAGAGGUGCCGGCUCUGGUAAUAGUCCUUCUCGUUAUGUAAAUUUUUGUUUCUUAUUAACUAUCUUUUUUUGCUAAUAUUCAACUUUUUUGCAAAACUAAAAUAGAGUACGAUUCUAUAAAGAGUGUAAUAAUCUGUAUAGAGGCAUCAUUUGCUCUGCCUGCGCUCUCGAGAGACUUUUCCAACAACUGGAAUCGAGUUCCGUGGUGAAUAUUUGCAGCUACACUGGUCGCCCAAAAAUAUUUAUUUAUUUGCGGUUGUAAAAAUAAUAAAAAAAACUCGAUAGCGUUACCUGA